GUCCCUGUAUCUGCUCCUAUCCCUUCUAUCGCGAUCUUGGUCCCGACGAUCUCUGCGAGCCCAAUCCCGAUCUUCUCGGCCCCUUGAUGAUGAUUGUCCGGGAUCGCCUGGCCUGUCAUGGCGGUUGUUGUCGCGGUAGCUGUGACGGUGAUAACCAUGGUCUUGUCUGGGGCUCCGGCUCCGUCGCUCCGUGUGACCUCGCCUGUGCUCUGGCCUGUUGUUAUUGCCGCUACUGCUGUGCGUGUCCGUCAGCCGGUCCGGGGACUCUCUUCCCCGCCGGUGUGCCGCAGCUUCUCUUCGGCUAUCUUCAUGACCACCACUUCCACUCGGGCCGCUCGACCGGCUCUCGCCGGCUCUCCUGUCGUAAGGCUUGCGUUUGUUAUUGUUCUCAUUGUUAUUGCUGCUGCUGCUGUGGGAGACGCCGGUAUCGUGCCGGCCAUGCUGCAUAUCCUCCACCCCAUGGACCAUCCGGUAAUGAUCGUCCUCGUCGUCACGUUCCACGUCUUCAUUCCUGUACUUGCGCCAUUUCUCCAGCUCUUGCACACCACCCCAGCCACCUUUCCCUUUUCUUGCAGCAGCAGUUUUGCGUUUCGUGUUGGUAUCGUUUCUCCAAACCUCGCUCAGGCGACUGACGCUCUGACUGAAGUCUACGUGAAUUCUCCUGUCGUCAAUCAGAACGGAAUCCAUCUUGUAGUACGCUUCCUCGCAGCUCUUCUUAUCUUCAAACUCAAUGAAAGCAUACUGCAAGCUGUCGCCGGUUUUCUGAUCUCUGAUCACCUCGCAACUCAGAAUCUUGCCAAAUCGACUGAAUAUCAACUCCAAGUCCUCGUCAGUUGUGACUGGGUUGAGCUUGCAAACAAACAGGACAUUUUCUGGUGGCUUGACUUCGGCAAAUGGGAGAUCGCCUAGCAUCUCCAACGUCAACGCCUGGGCGGCUGCUUCCCUCUCUCUCUUUCUCGUUUCCGCCUCAGCGGCGGCUUCUUCGUCCUUUUCGACAUCAACCAGCUCUUCUCCUUCCGCAAUCCUGACGGUAGCGAGCUGUGCGUUGGUCGGUGGAGGUGAAGCACUCGGCUCCCGCAGGCCAGCGGGGUCAGGGUAGGGAUCCUCCAACACAAUGGUAUGCUUGAUUCUGAUGUCCACCAGCGGGUUCCCUCGUUCAUCCACAAUUGCCUCGUUGAUCUUCUCCAGAACGUCAAAGCCCUCGGCGACUUUCCCAAAUAUGGCGGCUUUGUCGUCUAGGAAGUCUAUCCCGUCCUCUCCCAGUGUGAUCAGAAAUUGAGAGCCAGCCAGUCGUGUCUCUGGGUCAGACGGGUGGGGGGCAGUAGCCAUGCUGACAGUGCCUCGUUCGCGGUGUUUCAAUUUGGGAUGGAACAAGGCAGGAAAUGUCUUGUCCCUUCCUUCGAGUAAGCCCCAGAUGGAACUUCCGCCGUCGGAAUUGGGGGACAGAGGCCCGAGAGGGUCGCCGGUUUGACAGGAAAAGGACUUUUGAAUAGAGUGGAUAGGAGAAAAGUUGUAGUAUUUGAUCUUGCAUAGCUUGAGAAAGCUGAAGAACAUUGGGUUAGUUGUGGUCUGGCAAUUGAACAAGAAAGCAAGAACAUGGGGACGUACUUUUCGCACAUCUUGGGGGCGAAAUCGACCAGCAGGUCAAUGACAAUGUCACCUGCCGUUGUCUCGAGAAUGACCGACAUCUUGGCGACAGUCUUCCCUGGGCGCGGCGAAAGGGUGUUGAGAUGGGAUUGUGUGUUUUUCUGGCCAACAACUGACGUCUUCCAGUUCCGAGAUGGAAACGCGAUGCCAGGCGCGCACUCGACUGUUCAAUGGUUUGGCAGCUCCUACGUCAAGGGCCCACUUUUGGCUGAACUGCUCGCUGGAUACAGACUUGGCCUUUUAAGAUUAAAUCCGAUUGCAGGUGUGUUUAAAAUCCAUAACGGAACAAAAAAAUCAGGCUCGAUUCAAAUCAGGGAGAAAUGGCAUUGAUUCAUUACCUACCUGGGACCCCUUCUGACACUCUGAGGCUGGAAAGUUGUGUGCCCAGCAGUCUAUCCUUGGCCCUUCACCGCCUUCCUUUCUGCCGGUCUUUUGGACAAGGCGGCCAACAUUUACAUGAAACCACGACAGAUGUCGAGCUGGACUCGAACAAGACCGUACUCACCCUUCAACAUGAGCAGCCAAAACCCACAAGUGACCCGAUUCUGUUGGCAGUGCCUGCAGUUGGAUGCCGCACCAGAAUAUCCAGACGGUGAGGUCCUUUGCCUCGAUGCGGUCCAAGAGGAAAUCUACAAGAAGCUGUUUGGCCAUGAUGUCGCAUUCCCGCUUCCUCCCCGCUAUGGGCUAAAAGUGCUCAAGGAGUUGACGUCGAGAAUCGAACGCUCUAUCGUGGACUGGGAGGAGCAUGAAAUAUCAGAUAAUCUCAUGACCACCAUGUCCGAGUUGGUAUCUGUUCCAUUGCCUUCAGAGGUGGUGGCUGCCCAGCAAAAGUGCCAUGUGGCAUACCACCUUUCCCUGCUCCAGGAACCCAGUGAUGCAGCUGUGGUCUUGCUGGAAUCUCGUUCCAUUAUCUCGGGUUCAGGGACAACAGGCCUACGAACAUGGGAGGCAGCAUUGCACAUGGGCCAAUAUCUCUGCACCAACUCAACACUUGUCAAGGGGAAGCGUCUGCUAGAGCUCGGAACUGGAACAGGAUACGUUGCCAUCUUGUGUGCCAAAUAUCUCGGCGCAGAACAUGUCAUUGCCUCGGACGGUUCUGAAGAUGUGGUGAAUAACCUCCCAGACAACCUUUUUAUCAACGGUCUUCAGGGCACAGACAGGGUGUCUGUCUCUGAGCUCAGAUGGGGCCAUGCUUUGCUGGGGACCGAAGAGGAGGAAUGGAACGGUGGAAGAGAGGUCGACGUCGUGCUGGGAGCUGACAUCACGUACGACGCGAGUGUAAUUCCCGCGCUGGUGGCAACGCUGCAGAACCUCGUUGCUAUAUCGCCUGGCGUGGUCAUUCUGAUUGCGGCAACAGAGCGGAACAGAGCGACAUUCGAGAGCUUCUUGGAGGUCUGUCAGAAGCGCGGGUUCCAUGUCCAUUAUGAACUGUUUCCAGUGCUGCCUAGGCCGGAGCAGAGAGGGCCAUUUUAUAAUGACGCCACCCCUAUACACAUUUGCCAAUUGACGGUUGCAUGAGAACAAAAAA